GGUUUAUUUGUGCGUCAUUUCACUGAGGAGGCGGACUGUGCCACGUGCCUGCGUGUACACGCACGUACACGCCUUCUAGUUUUUGGAAGUGCAUCCCACUACAAUCGAGCUGCCGAGACCGUUAGUAUCGAUGGGCAACUUGACGUAGUCCUAACGCCCUCUACUUCGAUAGCUCAAACUGUAAAUCCAAUAAAUCUAAAUUUGAAGCAGCGUGAUCCACCGUCAUUCGGAGUUCUUCGGAUUCGGGUCGUGUUUGUUUUUUUUUCCAGCUACCUUUGGUCACCGGAAAUCCACGAUGCCUUUGAUGGCUUUGAUCUGGCACAGUGACGUCAGCCAUGGCAGGAGUCGAGGCGGCACGGGGCAAUAAUCUGAACGAAAUUGCCCCAGAUGUAUUCAGUUUCUGCACACAGAAUCUCAAACCGAAUGGCGUUUUAUUGUCACCACGUCACACUUAAGCUGUCAGGUAAAUGUAGUGCAUAAAUAUGUUCAGCAUUGCAGAAUUUGAGCGUGUCUUGGAGGGGAUGGACUUGGGCAACGUGGUGGACAGGUUCGAGGCAAUGAUUGAUGAACUCCCAGAAAGCACACCCCACCCUCCGUUUCCAUCUCCUCCCGUGGUCCGUGCUCAGCCACGGUUCGACGCCUACAGCCGGGCAGAUCCUUCUGACCAGGCUGAUAUGAAGUGGGAUGACGAGUUUGAGGCGGUGGUGGAUGGACUUUUAGAAAGUACACCCCAGCCUCCAUCUCCAUCUCCAUCCCCAUCUCCAUCUCCAUCCCCAUGCCCAUCUCCAUGCCCAUCUCCAUCUCCAUCCGUGGUCCCUGCUCAGCCAGAGUUGGACACCUACAGCCAGGCAGAUCCUUUUGGCCAGGCAGGAGUUCUCGGCCAGGCAGGUCCUUACAGCCAAGCAGGACCCUACGGCCAGACAGGACCUUACAGCCAGGAAGAGUGUUACAAUAGGCCUAAUACGAGUCUCCCUCAGCACUUUGUACAGAACCUGAGGCCUGUUGGAUUAGUAAAUGGAGAGGUGGUGUACGAACUGCCAGCGGAUAUGCAACAUCUUCCAGGUGCUCCUCUAACGAACAACCCCAUUUCACAAAGGAGGAAGCGUGAGCUCCAUGAGGAUCAUACCUACUUUAAAAAGCCAGCCAAUGCUUUUAUGCUCUUCUGCAAGGAGCAGAGGACACACGUAAUGGCACAGCUGAAGACAGCUCACAGCGCGGCUGUACAUACUGUCCUCGGACAGAGAAGUGGAAGUCACUUUAAAAAGAAGAGGAACAGGAAAAGUAUGAGGAAGCCGAGAAACAGAAGCUACUUCACAGCCAGCAAUUGCCCAUGUGGCCCUCCAAAGAAAAUUAUGCCAAAAAGAGAACAAGGAUCAUGAGGAGGCCAUAGCACAUGAAGCGUCUGUUGCCUCCUGGCCCUACCUGAACCUACUCUCACUCCUUCCCCGUUUCCCCGUCCCCUCCCAACCUCACAUGGGGUGGAUUCGGAUAGUCCUUCCUAUCGUCUUUUCAUAUCUACUAUUCCUUGACCUCAAUGGAAAACGUCAUGAGGUCAAGGUAAGGUGUAAAGGAGCAAUCAUAGGACUUAGGAAAAGCCAACAGUGGUGCUCGGAGAAUCCGACUCGACUUUCACUGUACUACGUCAUUACGCGGUGGCGGAUGUUAUUGACGUGCGUCUGCCGUGGUUAAACUACAAAUUUCCGAAGAUGGACUACAAAUAACGCGGCGACUCCAUCCUUUUCCAAUUUUGUGUUGAAUGAUUCAUAUGCAACAGUAACCUACAUGAUGACGUGCGUCCCUUCUGGGUCAUAUAUUCAUACUCUUCUUCUUUUACAUUAACUUAAAUUCAUUUAGCAGAUGCUUUUGUCAAAAGCGACUUACAGUGCUUUCAACCAUGAAGAUAUUACCCAAAAGUGCAAGAGUUGAUAAGUGCAUAAACAUUUAUCAUAUAAGCAAGAAACAGCUUCAAGUGCUCACAUUCUAGAUUUUCGAAAUUUAUUUUUUACAUCAGAUUGAAUCGUUUAUGUUCGUGCAUGGCCCGCAGUGUUGUAGUCGAGUCACCCAACUCGCAAGUCCGAGUCGAGUCUCGAGUUCCAAAUGUUCAAAUCCAAGUCCAAGUCCGAGUCACCAAAGACAAGUUCGAGUCUGAGUCUCGAGUCCCCAGUGUUUGUCUCCGAGUCCAAGUCAAGUCACAAAUAAAAGAGGGUCAACAAAAAUGACACAGCUUUCAACAUUCAAAGUCUUCACGUCCUGCUGCAUCUUCCAAAAUUUUUCCAGCGUGGGAUGCACUGAAUCUGCAGGUGGAAGAGGACAAACACUCCCUGCCCUUGCAAGAAACUGUUACAGACUAAAGUGACAGACCUGUUGAACAUAUAAGUUGUCAGGGACUUCAUCCACCUUCGAGUCCGAUUUCAUGAAAGCUUGAGUCCUCUUGCAUUAAUCCUCGAGUCAGAGUCCAAGACCGAAUGUGCGAGUCCGAGAAAAUAGACUUGAGUCGCUACAUUGGCGCGUCACGUUAAAUAUUGCUGCCACAAUGAAUUGUGGGACGUCUAUUUCUUCUUUCCUUUCGCAUUGGAAAGUCCAGUGUACCCUAUGCUAAAGGACAUAGGAAAGGAUGCAUCGAAGCACCUUUCCUUUGCAUUUAGAGAAUCCGAACAGUUCUUAUCCUCAAAUACUUCAGGGUCAUUUCAAGAUUUAGGGAACUUCCCACCAGGCCUGAGCCACCCCUCAUUGAUUCAUCCAUCCAUUAUCUAUACUCCAAUUAACCUAACCCUAAUCUGCACUUCUUCGGACUCUGCGAGGUAGCCGAAGUACCUGGAGAGAACCCACGCAUACACAGGGAGAACAUGCAAACUCCACACAGAAAGGGCCCUGGACCACAGAACCCAGAACCUCCUUACUGUGAGGCAACAGCGCUAACCGCUACACCACCGUGCAACCCUCAUUGAUUCAUUUAAAAAUAAAGCUGCAUCUUUUUUUAAA